CAGGGCCCAUCAGUGACACCCAGCAGUGACCUAGCAAAGUGCCACCUGUCAGUGUCCAUCAGUGCCUUAUGUCAGUGCCUCGUGCCAGUGCCCAUCAGUGCCACAUAUCAGUGCACACCAGUGCACAUCAAUGCCAGAUAUCAGUGCCCAUCUGAGCUGCCUUUCAGUGUCACCCAUCAGUUCCAGUCAGUGCCACCUAUCAAUGCCAAUCAGUGCCACCUAUCAGUGCUGACAAUAAGUGCCACCUAUCAGUGCCAAUCAGUGCCA